AUGACAUGUACUCUAUAUGCUGUUUUCUUGCAGACGAUAAAGCUAACUCCAGGCGUGUGGUACUGGAAAGAUGAUACUAACACACUUGAAUUUGCAAGCUCCAAUCCAGCAGUUGAGGAAAACCUUAAGGAAGGAAAAAAUACUCACUUUCAGGAAAUGCGUGUCAAGACAUUAAAGAGCAUCUUCCAAGAUGAUUGCAGUGCAACACUCCCUGAAAGAGGGCUGGCUGACACAGAAGGGAAACUGCACAGGCUGUCAAAGUGGCUGCAACAUGAAUAUGUGACGUUGGAUGAUGUCAAAUAUGCUGCUUUGCUUUUGAAAGAAGCAAACGAGUCACAUCACAUGCUAUCAUUUACAGCAGCUAUGAGGAAUGAGAAACUAGAUGAGUUCCUCAUGGCCCUGCUCUUCUACCUGUCUUUUUACCUGGAAAGAAUUGCCCUGGAAAAGAAAUACAGAUCCUUGAUUUCGACUAUGAUAUUUUUAGAGAAGAAAGAAAUGGACGAUGUGUUGGCGAAGUUAGCGAUGGCCAGGAUUCACCUCGCCAAGGUGUACUGUAGCCUUAUCCUCGGACGAGGAGGCAUGGCACAGCGGUGCCACGUGCCUGGUGGAAAGAGAAAAACAUCAUUGCAGAAGGAUCGGCGCUUCUUUGAGGGCUUCUACAACUUCUGCAGCUAUGUGGCUUGGCUUGUGUUCAGACGGAAGCACUUCCAAGUGAUUCGGGAAGAAAUCGGCAGGCUUCUUUGGUCCAACAUGUUCAAUCCCGCCUUAAGAGACAGGAGCAAUGUUGACUUGCAGAAAGCAGGAGACCAGAUUGCUGAUGCAAGUACCAUGCGAUUGCCACAGCUGAGGUAUACAAAAGUCAAGCAUCCUCCCAUCCACAGCAUGGUUCACCAGCGCUCGCCAGUGCUCAGCACGCUGCUGCCCUUACCGAAGGACAGUGCUCAAUACCUCUCCCAAAACCACUACUGUCGGGGCAGAGACCCUGGACCUUGCAAGUGUGACGGACUGCCGGACUUGUCAGAACUGUUCACUACCAAGGUGGGCAUCAUUGGAGCUCAUUGUAGUGAGUUAAAAUCUUUAAUGAGCAUGCCUGAUGGAGCAAUGGAGGAGGAGGAGGAGGAGGAAGAGGAGGAGGAGAAGGAAGAGGAGGAGGAGGAAGAGGAAGAAGAGGAAGAGGAAGAAGAGGAAGAACAAGGAAGAAUAAGGAGUCGUUUCUCCGUCCUGACAAAUGACCUCAGUUUGCCACCUCUGAGAAGCCCCCAAAACAGGCUUAACAGCCAGAGCACUGUGCUCUCAAGAGCAAUGGCAGAAGAUGACUGUAAUCAGAGCAACUAGCAGAAGUGGCAUCUUCUCACGUUGAGUGGCGUGGUUUCACAUUGCUAAGUUUCCCGAGAGCUUGACUGUCUUUCCCAUCUGCAUGGGUGACUCCUGGAUGGUGCAUACCUGGCUGAACACGCAAGAGGCAGCUGUGGUAUCAUUGCCCUGCAGCAGCAUGGUUUCCCUACCGAAUGAUGCAGCAAGAUGUUGGCUAAUACCUGGAGCUGAGGGAAGCUACAGCAUGGCUUCCUUCUCAUGGUCUUGGGAGAAGCCUUUCAGUUCCUGCCUUAGAAGUCCUCUAUAUCCUAAAGGAUGGGUACAACUUUGUCUCCCUAGCUGUGACGCUGAUCUGUGGAUCGACAUUCCAGUACACUACUCCUUGCAAAAGCACCUUGCUUUGUCAUGUCCACGCAAACAGGCAUUGUACGGGGCCUUAGAAAGAGCACGAGGGAAAAGUGUCCUUUGCCACAUCAGUCCCGCAGGGCAAGGUAGUCCGUGGUAUUUGCUAAUAACUGGGAUUUGUGAACAGUCCCUGCAGUGCCUGGGGCAGAGCUUUCACAGAGUUGCACACCUGGCCCGUGGUGGGCCCGGGACAACAGGAGAAGGCUGAAGGGUGGAGCACACCCUCACGUAGGCAGCAGAGCUCCUGGAUACAAAGCAGCUUUUUGUGCACUGUCACUUACCUGCAAGAUCUGUGUCACUGCAGAGAGGAGGAGGCACCG